AUGACAUCUAACUGCUGUUUUAAUGUAAUCUCCUCAAUUCUGUUCCUUGUAUUAUUCCUCUCGUUGCAUGUUUCGAAUACUUUGCAAAAACAACCAGCUUUUGUUUGCUUUGGCAAAAAGUCAACGAAUCCAGCCGUUUGCUCUGGAAAUGGUGAUUGUAUAGCGAAUGGAAUGUGUGCAUGUAAAAUGGGUUUCUAUGGUCCUCAAUGCCAGACGUUUAAUUGUUUCCAAUAUCCAAAUUUCUUUCCAUUGGUUUGUUCAUCGAGAGGAGUUUGUUCGAAACCGAACACUUGUGAAUGCAUGACUGGUUGGAUAGGUCCAGACUGCAGUAAACAAAAUCAAACCAUCGUAACACCUCCAACCAACAAUUCCAAUAACUCUACAAAUGUUAUUGGAAAGGUUCAAAAUACGAAAGUAUCCGAUUUGAAUUCAAAGAAAGUACUCGUCAACAACUCUACAAAAAUUGAAUUCCCUCCAACUAUUGAAGAAUAUCUUGAAAAACAAGGUCUCUCACGAAAUGAGAACAUUAAUGUUCUUACAACUUUUGAAAAUUCGAAAGAAUUCUCAAGUGGAAUCACUUCCAUCACUUUGACAUUUCCUAAUGGAAGUUUGAUUCCUGUGAAUGGAUUGGUAGAUCCCAUUCAAAUUGAAUUUUACAAUUUGACCUAUAAUGUGAAUAGUUCAACAUUUGACUUGAACAAUCCAAAUUUCACAUGUGCCUAUUUUGAUGAAUUCAAAGAAGAAUGGUUGACCUAUGGUCUUGAAACCAUCCUUUCCAAUGUAAAAUUAUUGAAAAACAACACAGUCAACCUCAACAUUGAUUGUAAGACUAAACAUUUGACUAGAUUUACAAUUAUAGAUAGAAAUAUCGACAAGGCAAAUCAAAAUCGAGAUGUUGUACUUCCAGAUCUCCCUCGAGAUGAACAAACCAUUCUCAUUGUUGCCAUCACUUUGCCAGCUGCUGGGGCUUGCUUGAUUUCUUGUCUCAUGUUUAUUCUCGCGGUCUCUAUUUCAAUAUUCAUGAUGAAGAGAAGAAGGAAAAAGGAAAAACCAAUGAAUCAGCCUUAA